UAAUGAUGAUGGAUAAUAAUCGCGGUCAAAAGAGAUAUUUUUCUUCUUUGUGUACUUUUCUUUAUAACAUUUUAAGUACGUUUUCCGGAUAAUACUUGAAUACCUUAACUUGCUGUAUUUUUAAGCGACAUGAUGAUGUUGUGAGCUUUUUUUUUUACUGUCUAUGGUUAUGACCUAAUCCCGAGUCGGCCGGAGCACCUGUCUCGCGAGAUUCUGCGAGGUGAUAAGUUGAAGAAACAUGGCGACGUCUAAUUUGUUAAAGAACAAGGGGUCCCUGCAGUUUGAGGACAAGUGGGAUCUGAUGCGACCCAUCGUUCUCAAGCUGCUCAGACAGGAGGCCGUCACCAAGCAACAGUGGUUUGACUUGUUCUCAGAUGUCCAUGCUGUUUGUCUAUGGGACGAUAAAGGACCAGCCAAAAUCCACCAAGCCCUCAAAGAGGACAUCUUAGACUUCAUCAAACAAGCACAGGCUCGGGUUCUGAGCCACCAGGACGACACAGCGCUGCUAAAGGCUUACAUUGUAGAGUGGAGGAAGUUCUUCACCCAGUGCGACAUCCUGCCUAAACCCUUCUGUCAGUUAGAGAUCACGCUGAUGGGAAAACAGGGCAGCAACAAGAAAACAAACAUGGAGGACAGCAUCGUGCGCAAGCUGAUGCUGGACACGUGGAACGAGUCGAUCUUUUCCAACAUUAAAAGCCGCCUGCAGGACAGCGCCAUGAAGCUGGUACACGCUGAGAGGCUGGGGGAGGCCUUCGACUCCCAGCUGGUUAUAGGAGUACGGGAGUCGUACGUGAACCUGUGUUCCAACCCAGAGGACAAGCUGCAGAUCUACAGGGAUAACUUUGAGAAAGCCUACCUGGACUCAACAGAGAGGUUUUACAGAACACAGGCACCGUCCUACCUGCAACAGAACGGCGUCCAGAACUACAUGAAAUACGCAGAUGGAAAGCUGAGGGAAGAGGAGAAGAGAGCACUUAGAUAUCUAGAGACACGUCGAGACUGUAACUCUGUUCAAGCACUUAUGGAGUGUUGUGUGAAUGCUCUGGUGACCUUGUUCAAAGAGACCAUCUUAGCCGAAUGUCCAGGGAUGAUCAAACGCAACGAGACAGACAAGCUGCACCUGAUGUUUUCGCUGAUGGACAAGGUUCCCAGCGGGAUUGAGCCAAUGCUGAAAGACCUGGAAGAACAUAUCAUCAAUGCUGGACUAGCAGACAUGGUGGCUGCUGCCGAGACUAUCACUACUGACUCUGAGAAGUAUGUGGAGCAGCUGCUGACUUUGUUUAACCGCUUCAGUAAGCUGGUGAAGGAGGCCUUCCAGGACGACCCCCGCUUCCUCACAGCGAGAGAUAAGGCUUACAAAGCUGUUGUCAAUGAUGCCACAAUCUUCAAACUGGAGCUGCCUAUGAAACAGAAAGGUGUGGGUAUGAAGACUCAGCCGGAGUCAAAGUGUCCAGAGCUGCUGGCAAACUACUGCGACAUGCUGCUGAGGAAAACCCCGCUCAGCAAAAAACUCACCUCGGAGGAAAUUGAGCUCAAACUUAAAGAAGUGCUCUUGGUUUUGAAGUAUGUCCAGAAUAAAGACGUGUUUAUGCGUUACCACAAAGCUCACCUGACCAGGCGGCUCAUUCUGGACAUUUCAGCAGACAGCGAGAUUGAAGAGAACAUGGUGGAGUGGCUGAGAGAAGUAGGUAUGCCCGCUGAUUAUGUGAACAAGCUGGCCAGGAUGUUCCAGGACAUCAAGGUCUCAGAGGAUCUCAAUCAGGUCUUCAAAGAGAUGCACAAACACAACAAGCUGGCACUGCCAGCGGACAGUGUGAACAUUAAGAUCCUGAACGCUGGAGCUUGGUCACGAAGCAGCGAGAAGGUUUUUGUCUCGCUGCCCACGGAGCUGGAGGACCUGAUCCCUGAGGUGGAAGACUUCUACAAGAGGAAUCACAGUGGUCGCAAACUCCACUGGCAUCACCUCAUGUCUAACGGCAUUAUCACCUUUAAAAACGAGGUGGGUCAGUACGACCUGGAGGUGACGACGUUCCAGCUGGCCGUGUUGUUCGCCUGGAACCAGAGACCCAGGGAGAGAAUCAGCUUUGAGAACCUCAAACUGGCCACAGAGCUGCCUGAUGCUGAGCUACGCCGCACACUCUGGUCUCUGGUUGCCUUCCCCAAGCUGAAGAGACAGGUGUUGUCCUAUGACCCUCCGGUUAACUCGCCCAAAGACUUCACAGACAGCACGCUCUUCUACGUCAACCAGGAGUUCUCCCUCAUCAAAAACUCCAAAGUCCAGAAGCGGGGAAAGAUCAAUCUGAUUGGUCGGCUGCAGUUGACCACUGAGCGAAUGAGAGAAGAGGAGAACGAAGGAAUUGUUCAGCUCAGAAUACUCAGAACUCAGGAGGCCAUCAUACAGAUCAUGAAGAUGAGGAAGAGGAUCAGCAACGCCCAGCUGCAGACAGAGCUGGUGGAGAUCCUGAAGAAUAUGUUUCUGCCGCAGAAGAAGAUGAUCAAGGAGCAGAUCGAGUGGCUCAUCGAACACAAGUACAUAAAGAGGGACGAGGCGGACAUCAACACCUUUAUCUACAUGGCCUAGGCAGCAGCUGAGGCUGUGCUUUCUCGCUGUGUCUUUUACUCCUGGCUUGUGACUGGCGCUUUAAAAACAUGCAAGAGGAGAAGGAGUGUGAGAGAAAGGAAAGGGGUGACGUUCAGGAGGGAGUGUGCUGAAGGACAAGGAAGGGCCUUUUCAACAAUGAUGUGGAUUUUUUUUGUGUUUGUGAGACGCUGGUGUGUUAUCAGAGUGUUAUUUCAAGGCGCAAGCGCAUUUCGGGCUGCGCUUGUCUCUGCUGCCCCCCAGUGUCCGAUCAGGGUACAGGGACAACAGUGUGCGUCGUCUGCCGUCAGCUCAGAAGAAAAGAAACAGUGACCUAAUUAAAGUAUAAAUACUUCCUGCCUUACUUUCAUCAGCAAGGACUGCAGAAGAAGAGGAGGAGCAGUGAGGAGGGAAAGGAGGACAAAUACAAGCUGAGAUCAAUCUGUUGCUUUCACCUGAUGCGGCAGCUGCCGUCGCAGUGGCAGCCAUUUUGCAUCCUUCUAUUCUACAUUGGUCUCACUUCUGCACAGGGAAUGCAAAAAGCCACGAGUGAAAGCUGCCACUGAGGAGGAGCGACGUGGAAGGAGAGACUAGUUCAAACUACCAAGGAGUAUUUUGCCAAAUUAUGUGUGUGUGUGUGUGUGCGUGUGUGUGUGUGUGUGUGUGUUUGGGGUUUGGGUGCAUGGUGUGUAUCUGGUCUUUUAAAUGUGUGUAUGUGUGUGCACUUUCAACAGCAUGCUGCUCUGUGAUUUAUAAUUUUUUUUUGUUGAGUGGAGGAUCUGUCACACUGUCAGAAACACGUGGGACAUGAAGAUCAGGCGUUUAAAUACAUUUAUUUCUUUUUCCGGCUCAUGUUUCAGGUGACGGGUGUCAUCAGAUGACCCCCCCACCCCCCCCUCUUUUGUGUGGGACAAUGAUCGAACUGAGGAACUAUUUAUUUAGCGUGUAAAACCCUGUGAGACUGAGUACCAGCUCAAUGCAUCAGAAAGUGACACGACUAAAAUUGUGACCAGGUGCAGUUUUUAAAAUAAAGCGUGGGAAUAAAAUAGAAACACAAAUUCAUACACACACACCAGACCGAAGCUCAAUUACUGAAUUUUUACCUCCUUAAUCCACGGAGAGUGUCCUCCUUUGCACAGUGUAGUCAGAGGGAACCACACGUGAACGAGCUGCUGUUGCCCUCACACAGAUUCAACACGCAGCACACAGAAAGGUCGCCUGCUUCAACACAAAGCAGCCGUUUGCUCACAUAUCAUAUAUCCAUUCAGUUUUACUUUAUCAGACAUUUUUCAUGGUCAAAUGAUCUCAGAAUGAAUUUGUGCUCAAAAUGUUCAGUUCAAAUUCGGUAUGAAUUUGAUGAACUGGAUAUUAGUCUGAUAAUUAACAAGGAACUGCUGCACAGAAAUGUCCGAAAAUAUGAUUGAAUUCAUCUGUGAACAGUGUCUCCAUGACACGCUGUCGUUUGUCCAUCAGCACUGACACUUUCAUUUGUCCACUGUAAAAUGUCCGGCCCAGUACGUGUCUUUAAAUUAUUAAAAAAUAAUGAUGAUGAUGAUGAUGGAAACAGAAACAACAUUGUGAAUGGGCUCAGUCAGGCAGCUGACGUGGGACAUGGGGUCAGCGGAGGUCAGUAUGGAGGAUGGGUUACUGGCAGAGAGCGUGAAAUCAAGAUAGAAGCUUUAAAAAAGAGUUUUAGCCCAAAAUGAGGCCUUUAACAUUUACUAAACUUUAAAACUGUACAUGUGUAGAAGGACAAACUUAAUUUUAUAAAACUGAUGAAGUUUUCCGUCCUCUGAAAAGUUUACUUCAGUGUUUAAAACUUCAUCAUGUGACAAAUCACCUUGAUGUUUUGCUGCAGGGAGCACAAAAUCAUUUCAUUUAUUUAGAAUCUUAGAUUGAAUCGUGUUUCUCACAGCUUUUGUUGAAAGCCUGGUGGCGUUCAGAUCUCCACAGACAAACUUCCAGCAUUAAAAUGUGUUUUUAUGUUUUUUUUUCAGAGGCAGUUAUAGGGAGUUGACAGGUGGCGUUUGUGUGUCCUCUAAGGACUGAAUUGCUCUUAAAAACAUGUUUGUUUGUUUUUUACGUUAAAGCACCUGAUAUGGUCACACCCACACUGGCGCAGUGCUGAAUGUCACACUUGCUGGAUUGUGUUGCUGCCGUCUUUCUGCUGCUUAGAUGUUUAAUUUCCACAGCAGGUCCCUGGGCUUGUUCUGCGCUGUCAGUGAACACUGGGUCAGCUGCAGAAACUUUAGCACAGUGAGUUAGAAAAAAAAAAAGCUGCUGAGUCAAAACAAUACUACAUAUAAUACUACAGUUGCACUGAGAUCACUGAGAACAGCGGUUUACUCCACAGGCAUUCUGGACGAGCUCAAGUUUACAUAAUCCUAGAUUUUUGUCACCCUCGCUCCUAAAAGUGCUGCUGAGGUUAAAUUAUUCUGUGAGUGUCUGUUGUUCUGCUCUGGUUUUGGAUUUUCUGUGAAACUAAAACAUCAAAUCCUGUGAGAAAUGAGGAGGAAGAAAGACAACAGUGAACACGUGGGGUUGGUUUUUUUAAAGAUAUUUAUUCUAUAUUUAUGAAGAAUGUUACUCUGUCAACUGAAAUGUUUUUGUUUUCUUUUUGAAAGAUGUUUUCUUAGUGUACGUUCAUAGCACUGACACAGUCCUGAGAUCCACAGUAUUUAUUUAGCACAAAUCUGUUUAAACUUUACUUUUAAUCACAGAAAAAAAAAAAGUUUAGCUCGAUCUAAUUCACUCUUCAUGUCAGUGAUUCGAUUCAUACCUGCAGUAUCUCAAAAUGCUGAAAUAGCCUUUCACUGUCUGAUGAACCAGGGUGCUGGUAAUAAUCACAUUUACAUGUUCAGCUCUUUUCUUUGUGCCUGAGAUGAAACAAACGCCUCUGUCCGUUUUUUUUCACCCUUUUACACCUUCGUCUCAGCGGAGGACACUGAGUCCCAGUGAAUUAGAACAUUUUGAAUGUCAGUUCUUCAUUCAGCUUUAACACAGUGAGCUCCACUCAUUUAGCCAAUAAAUUAAACUAAAUGCUGGUUUGUAUACGCACUGUCUGAUUCACGUGUUUAUUUUAGCCACUGAGGACUUUGUGCCUCUGGUUUCUGUUCAGCGUGAAGUGAAUCCACCCCAACAGUGACUGAACCUGCUGCUGGGUGAGGAGUCACACCGUCACACAGGGACCAGUUCCUACAGAAUAUGAGGUAAACUAGGAAAAUGAGGGAAUUAAUAAAAUAACACAAUAAUAUUUGGGGUGGAUUUUUCUUUUAACCACUUUUUUUUUAACAAAUUUUCCCUUUGAGCAUUUUCCCUCUGCUCGCUCUUUUUUUAAUUAAUAAUGAAAUACUUGUGUAUCGCCCUUGUGAACUUCUGCAGGAGAAAUUCAACCUUUUAAAUCAGUACAAAUACAAACAGCUGGAAACAAAAACAAUGUGAAAGUACAAAAAAUGAUCUGAGUUCAGAUUCAAAGCCGAAAAACUCAGCACAGUUGUUUAUCGAGUUACGUGUGUGUGUGUGUGUUUUCUGCUUUGGAUCUGUCCUCAGAUGUUCAGAAAAAUAAUUCUUUUUUCCUUUGUGUGGCCUCAUCU